AAAAAUAAAGAAAACAUUGAUAAUUUUAUUAAAGAACAAUGAAAAUUACACGUAAUAAAAAGUCCCACAAAACUUUAAUGUUCUUUGUCACACACUUCCAAUACCAUGAGCCUUACCAGGUUUUAAUUGAUGCCACUUUCUGUCAAGCAGCACUAAAGAAUAAAGUUAUUAUCGAGGAGCAAUUAAAGAAGUAUUUUCAAUCACAAGUCAAACUUUUAACCACCCAAUGCAUUAUACUAGAAGCCGAAUCGCUGGGUGCUCCUCUGACGGGGGCCACACAAAUUGUCAAACAAUUUUAUGUGCACAAAUGCGGACACGAGGGCAAACCGGUCACAGCAGCAGAAUGUAUUAAACAAAUGACCAAGGACUCCCGUUAUAUAGUAGCCUCCCAGGAUCGUUCCUUGCAAGAGAGUUUACGUAAGGUUCCCGGCCGUUGCUUGUUAUAUUUGCACAAGGCAGCUCCAGUACUUGAAGCUCCGUCGGAUGCCUCUAAAAAAUGGGUUCACAAAAAGGCUAAAAAUCUACUACCGGCUGAGGCGGAAAAGAAAAUCGAAAUCCUUAAAAAGAAAGAGGGUCUACAUGUUUCCAAGGAUGCUGUAGCAAUUCAAAGAAAAUACAAAGGUCCUAAAAAUCCAAACCCCUUAUCAUGUAAAAAAAGUAAAAAAGAAAAACAAAACAGGCAACAAGAAAAAUCUAAAGUUUUCGAAGUGGCUGAGUCAAGUAAGACCGCUAUGAAACCCAAGAGAAAAAGGAUAAAGUUACCCGCACAUAUUAAAGAGGCAUUGAAAAAUAAACAGAGCUAAAACAA